AUGUUAGCACGUUUAGCUCGGCGUCUGUAUUCCCUGACUCCUGAGGAGAAGCUUGUGUUUGAGAAACUGAAAAAGCAGUUAGAACCCAAGCAGCUUCAGGUUCGGGACGUUAGCGGUGGUUGCGGAUCCAUGUUCGCGAUUGACAUUACAAGUCAAAAGUUCAAAGGUCUAUCCAUGGUCAAACAGCACAAACUUGUUAAUCAGAUCUUGAAAGAAGAUAUCAAGAGGUGGCAUGGACUGCAGUUGCGCACUAGAAGCGAAUAA